UAAACAUGACAAUUUAUGGGGGUUUUUUCUUUGAACAAACAUUACAAUUUAUGUGUAUAUAUAUAGUUAUAUAAAUUAAACUAAUGUAGUUUGUGCCCUGUAACUUAGUGGUUUUUGUUAGUCCUUCCUCUCAAUGAAUGCAAACCAGCAUAAUACAUAACAACAUAAAUUAAUGCAUUUCCUACCGCAGUUUACACGAUUUUAUUCAUACCAUAACAUUUAAUCAUUCCAGUUAUUAAAUGAUAGUGCUAUUAGAAAAAGAAAAACUAAUAAGUAAUAACUUAAAGUAGCAUUGAGUAACUGAACCAUUUAUUUGCAAAACAUGAAAAGUCAAAGUUCAGACUCUUCGACCAAAUCGCCUCUGCCUCUGCUGAUACCAAGUCAAGGCCUUGAGAUACUCAGCCUCGCCAAAGUCAGGCCAUAGAACAUUAGGAAAGUAGAGCUCAGUAUAAGCUGAUUGCCAUAAGAAGAAGUUACUGAUCCUUUGCUCUCCGCUGGUUCUGAUCAAUAGAUCAGGGUUUGGAUACUCACUACAGCUUGUCAUUAACUCUUUGUCAAUCAUCCUUUCGUCGAUAUCCUCGACUUGGAUGAGCCCAUUUUUAGUCUUUUCAGCAAGACAUUUGCACGCCGAAGAGAAUAUUUCAUAAGCUUCAAUUUACGGUGGAAAAGAACAAAACAUAACACGACGAAUAUAGCGGUUCCUAAAAAUUGUAUGAUUCAGCAACUACCUUAGAGAAAUCAGGCUGGUCCUCUAGAAAAUUGAAAAAUUGAAAGGAUUUUUCUUUCCCAAGAUUGACACCUCCAAAAAUACAUUACAACAUGCAUGGUCAGCCUAUGAACUGUCUCACAGCAUAAACUUACCAAUAAGAGAUUUGAAUCAAAAAUAACUUCCCCUAGAAGAGCAACAAAUACCAAGCCCUCAUGUAUUUCAAAAACUACAAAAUGAAUAAAUGAUUUGCCUUGAACAAAGUCAAAUGUGGAAGAAAAAAGCUUUCACAAAAAAAUCAAGUAUUUAAAUAGAUUAAUUUUUUUUUUGAGAGUGAGGAGCCAUAACGCUGUUAUAUAACAGAAAAAAAAUUCGAAAGUUCUCAUUUUUUUCAUUUAUCACUAAACAACCAAUCUAAUUUUAAUUUUCUAAAUUUAAAAUAUUCAUUUUAUAAGUUCAAAAUAUUUAAUAUCAAUUUGACAUUUGCUAGUAUAUAUCAUAUUAUUUAACUGUAUCUAUAAAUUUUAGUUACUAAUUAAGAUAAUGAAAAUCUUUAAAUUUUAGAUAUUCAUUUAAUUAAUAUUACCCAAUCAAUUUAUAACUAUUAGUUCAUAACCUUUUAUUUAAAAUAAUAUAAUCAGCAAAUAACAUGUUUGGUGAAUUCUAAUUUUAUAAUAAAAUUUAAAAUUAAUAAAAUAUAUAUAUUUUUUUCAGGAAAUUGUAGGAAUUGGCAUUUUGUAACUAGUGACAAUCUGAUAGAUAUUUGUUUUUCCAUUAUUUAUAAUUUUCUUAUAAGAUAAUAAUAUUUCUCGUGAGUUUUUUUUUUGGUAUGAAAAAAAAAGAAAUAGUUAAUUGAGUUAGUUUUGUGUUAAACUUGGAAAUGACGGUCAUUUAAAAAAAAAAAAAUACUCCAAAAAAAUUGUGAUUUUCUUGGAGAAAUUGAUUUGGUCUUAUCGUUAGUAAUUUUUAACACGUUUACCUUUUGAUUAAAUGAAAUAUGUUAACACAAUCAGAACGUAUAAAUAGUGAAAGCGAAUUAAUAUUACUCCCUUCGUUUGGAUUCUCAGGUGCCGGAAAGUGACUAAAACGCAAAAAAAAAAAAGCACACUUUUCUCAGAGAGAGAGAGAGAGGGAGAAAAAAAAGGGGAAGAAAUUCGAAAGAGGAGUUAAAAUCUCCACGCUUAUCUCAUCGCCGUUUUUACCAGUCUCUCUAAUUCCGGUUUUUGCAGAUCUUCUCCUCGAAUAUCUGAUUUUUUUUAUUUUAUUAUUUAAACAGUUCGUUCCUAUUUUCUUGUUCGUUCCUCUCUCUCUCUCCAAAUGAAUUUCCUAGCUUGUUUCUUUCUUUAACUCAUUUCAGGUCUUUUUUUAGGUUUUCGAUUUAUUAGGCAUUAGGGUUUUUGUUUUGGGUGGGAUUUUAUUUUGACACAAUAAGAGCUUUGCUGUUUGGUUGUUCGAGAUUCAGCCAGGUACCCCAGUUCCGCGUUCGCUUUAAUUUAAACUUAUUAAUCUCAUGUUUCGAAAAUAGACUGUGAUGAGUAUUUAAGAGUCGUGUCGCAUCGAUGAAAAUGAUUGUAGAUCACACUGUUCUUGAAUCCUCUGUUUCUACUUAUUAUGUGUUAUUGCUGGAUUAUUUUAAAUAUAUAAAAUAUUCUGAUUAGUACAUUUGUUUUAAAUGGAGAUUCUGUUUUGUUUGUUUUCAGAGAGGCAGUGUUAGAAUGAUAGAUGAAAGUCAGGCAAGAUGGGUAAAGUUCGCCAUGAUUCGGGAUCAGGCGAUGAAUUUGCAAUAGACAAAACAUUUCACAAAGGCCCUUGGACAUCAGCUGAAGACCAGCUUCUGAUAGCUUAUGUUGACAAACAUGGUGAUGGUAACUGGAACGCUGUUCAAAAACACUCUGGCCUUUCUCGCUGUGGCAAAAGCUGCCGCCUUCGCUGGGUGAAUCACCUCAGGCCUGAUUUAAAGAAAGGCUCUUUUACCGACAAGGAAGAGCAGCGUGUCAUCGAGCUUCAUGCUUCCAUGGGUAACAAAUGGGCACGAAUGGCUACUGAACUACCGGGUCGCACGGAUAACGAGAUCAAGAAUUUCUGGAACACGAGAGUUAAGAGACUGCAGCGACUUGGCUUACCAAUUUACCCUGACGAAGUUCGUGAGCAAGCCAUGAACGCCGCAGCUCAAAAUGGUCACAACGCAGACUCGUUUGACGGUCAUCAUAGUCAAGAGUCUCUGGAGCUGGACUGUCUCGAGAUCCCUGAUUUUAAUUUCAAGCACUUACAACUCAAUGGUGGCUCCUCCUUCUUACAGACGUUGCUUAGCAGUAUUCCCACGGGUAACCAGAUGAGACAGAAUCCGAGCUUGUUUCAGCCUAAUAUCUACAACGUGAUUGCAUCUCCUUACCAACAACCGCCUAACCGCAAACGCUUCAGGGAACCAGAAACCGCGUUUCCUUACACGGGUGGUUAUGCUACAGACGAACAAAGUGCUCAGCUCUGGAACUCUCCUUUCGUCGAAAGCACUCCAGGACAGUUCAACGUUGCACCAGAUAGCCAUUUUCUUGGCAAUGCUACUGCAUACUCUUCUCCUUCUGAGCCUCUCAUUCUCGGGGCUGAGAAGUUGGAGCUCCCUUCAUUCCAAUGUUUUGACACUCAAGAAGACCCUGGCGAUUGGGAAACACCACAACACUCUAAUAACCCAAUGCAGGCUAUUGAGUCAGACAAUACUUUAGUCCUGUCGUCCCCUCUGACAGACCAGACACCAUCCGAGUGUCCAUCUGCAUUCUGUGAUGGAUUGUUGGAAUCAGUUGUCUAUGGAUCAUCAGGGGAAAAACAGACUACUACUACGGAUCCAGAUUCCCCGCUGCUCCAUCAGUCCUCUCUACUUGACCAUAUCGAGAUUGCGCCAGCCACUGCAAACACAGCAGGACACAACUCCAGUGCUGAAACCGAUUUGGUUCAUUUUGGUCCAACUUCCUCAAAUGAGAGACGCACAUCCUUUGAGAGCGGUGAUUGGAUAAGACAACUUCUUGGUGAGGAUAGGGACUACACCAAGUAGAAGAGGAGGAUUCUCUCGAUGGCAGGACACGCAGAAAGAGCUCGAUCUCUGAGUAGAUUAGUCUGUCUGUCUUUACAUAUAAUCAAUCAGUACUGUGGCUUACAAAAAUAAACGACCUAUUAGUUUUAAGUCGGUUUUAUAAGCAAGCAUUAUUGCUGCACGAGAUUAUGAUAUGUAAGGUUUCUAAAGAUUUUUGAUCAAACGGCUUGUUGAUCAUGCCAAGCUAUUUUUGGAUCUCCAAAUAGAUUUUCAUAGCUGUA